AUUAAAACGAGCGUAUAGAUGCACCUUGUAGCUCAAAUAUCACUUGUGAAUUUGAAUGGAACGUUGCGAUAAUCCACCUUGAAUCGGUGAAUAUCGUAAAACGUGUGCACGUUAGUAAUAAGGUAUUGAUCGCAAAAAUAUUAUAUUUAAUAAUCUCCGUUUACCCGACAAGACGUGUUUGUCAGAUACUGAGAUAGUGGGAUAGUAAACGGUCUUAAAUUGAAAUGUUAGCUAAAUGUUUAUUGGCGUACAUUGGAUUUACAAUGAAAAUAAAUCUAUCGUAAGAUAUUUAUCUGCUGAAAUUUGUGUGUCAUUAAAAAGUGUGAUUAAAAUAUAAUUCGGUUAUUUUUUUUCGGAAUAAUAUAACCAGUGUGUAUAAUUUAUUUGUGAAAGUGUAUUAAACAGUGUUGAGGAUAUUAAUUUCAUAAGAUAUUGUCAUUUAUGGAUAUAUUCACUAAUAAAGGAUGAGUAAUGGCUAAGUUGUUUGUCAGGAAAUGUCCGUGUCUGCGUCCAAAGAUUGAAGAGGAUGUUAAACUGUUGGAUUAUAGACAUUGUAGUUUAAAUGAUGUACCCGGAGAAGUGUUCAAUUUUGAACGAACUCUCGAGGAAUUACUUGUUGAUUCAAACCAGAUCAAGGAUUUACCUAGAGAGCUGUUUUACUGUCAUGGUCUACGCAAGUUGAGCCUCAGUGACAAUGAGAUCAAGCAGAUCCCAGCGGCCAUCGGUCAUCUUAUCAGUCUUGAAAGCCUUGACCUCAGUAAAAAUGGUGUGAUAGAUAUCCCAGAAAACAUAAAGACAUGUAAAUACCUACAGAUAGUUGAUGCUAGUGUUAACCCUCUUGGAAAGUUGCCAGAUGGAUUUACACAACUGCUCAAUCUUACACAACUGUAUCUCAAUGAUACAUUCCUGGAUUACCUCCCUGGAAACUUUGGCAGAUUAUCAAAGUUGAAGAUUUUAGAGAUUAGAGAAAACCAUUUGAAGACAUUACCAAAGUCUUUCUCUCGGCUAGUAGAACUGGAGAAACUUGAUAUAGGACAGAAUGAGUUCAGUGAACUGCCUGAUGUUAUUGGAAGUUUGUCCAGUUUGUUGGAACUUUGGUGUGAUAAUAAUCAAAUACAGUCUAUUACUCCAACAAUUGGUAACUUGAAACAACUAAUGUUCUUUGAUGGUUGCAAGAACUGUCUACAAACUCUGCCAUCAGAGAUAGAAGGCUGCGUUUCAUUGGCUGAUCUUCAUCUAACAACCAAUCAGCUUCAGUCUCUUCCAGAUUCUAUAGGUGAAUUAGGAAAUCUUACAACACUGAAGGUGGAUGAUAAUUUACUCACUACUCUACCACAAAACCUAGGAGGCUUGUCUGCAUUGUCCGAGUUGAACGUUAGUGCAAAUAGUUUACAGGAGUUGCCAUCAAGUCUCGGACUUCUGAGAUAUCUACGAACAUUAUAUGCUGAUGAAAAUGAGUUGAAAUUCAUUCCUGCAGAGCUUGGUAGUUGCAGUGGUAUCACAGUGUUGUCUCUACGGAGUAACAAAUUGUCCUAUAUACCGGAUGAGAUAGGACGUAUUCCAAGAUUACGUGUUCUCAACUUGAGUGCCAAUCAGCUGAGAUGUCUUCCCUUUACAAUUGUCAAGUGUAAGGAAUUACAGGCACUGUGGUUGUCAGAAAAUCAGACAAGACCAUUGAUUACCUACCAAUCAGAGCAUGAACCAGAUACUGGACGUAAGAUUCUUACCUGCUACCUCUUGCCACAGAGACCACUUCAGGAGUCAGGUGAUCAUGGUGGAGAUACUGACAGUUUUCACGCCUCCAUGUGGGAGGAAGAAAGACGUAACAGGCAACAAAUACAUUUUGAGUUUGGUGAUGAUUCUGAUGUUGAUGGCAGUUUAAUACGUCAACCAACACCAUACCCGAAAGAAAUGAGGGAGAAAGCUCGGCACCUCAAAAAUCUUGCCCUUAGACAACAAAUGAGUAAUGGAUCUAGUGUUAGACAAGGGGAAGAUAACCCAGCUUAUGAAGAGAAAUUCUUCUUAAUACCGGAAAAGUUGGCGAAAGACAAGGCUCGAAUGCUUCAGCGACACUCCCAGUCUUACGAGACUGACGAUGAUAAACGUUCGCAUAAGAAACAUGGAAGUCGAGACAACUCUCCGACUGCUUCGGAGCGUAGUACAAGAAAAGUAACAGACAAUCCUAGAAGCCCAUGGCUUCACAUGGAAAUCACCCCAGAUUCCUUCAAGGCAACGUAG